AUGCCCCCAAAAUGCGGGCACUUACCACCAAUAAACCUCGAGUACCUUGGCGUUGCCGCGAAAAAAACACGAUACAAGCGCAGCGCAGCCGAAAAAGCAGUACUGAAGGAGAAGAGGGAAGCUCAUCGCAUUUCAUACUCAAGCACCCUCCAAGCUGCUCGCAAUGUUGUCUUUCAUGAAGCAGAGAAAUUGCACGCUCAAUUUAGUGGGCAUAGUGUCCAGUACUACUAUGAGGAGAUAAUGCAGCACUCACGCAUUGCCCAGUCGUCUCGUGGCAUCAAUCUAUGGAACACAUUUUGUCGACAAGAAGUCAAACGGAUCAAUGAUGAACGAGCACCCGGCACUGCACCCUUGAAAGCAACACAAUGUGCUGGUGAAAUUGCUGAGCAGUGGAAUUCCAUGUCAAAAAGUGAGCAGGAGGAUGCCACUCAAGCCGCUGUCAAGGAUCUGGAAGAUCACCGUGAAAUGAAGAAGCUUGCCAUUCGAAACGUCCCCCUGGAAGCCUUCCAUGAUUGUCAAAGGUCAGUGGAGGCCAUUGACCGCGAGGCUCGCACUCUGAAUGCCCGCACUGGAGUUGAGAUCAUCUUCAUCGCAACACGCUCUACUACUGACCACUUCAACCAACCACACGUAUUUCAAACCUCACGCGCCACGGACUUUUUUGAUGCGUGUUUCAAAGUUAGCGCAAUGGAUGUUGCUUUAAGACUAGAGGCAUUUGCCAUUGCUGGCAUUCAAGAACUUGCUGCCGCCCCCGAGAGAGUUUCUCGCAUGUAUUAUCAUAACUUCGACCACCACAUCACUGCGAAGUAUCGCAUCAUUGUUGAAAACUGGCCGCUCGCCAAAUUCUGCUGCCCUGGGGACAUCAAUUCGCGGACUGAAAUAUCUGUCCUAAAGUCCGCAUGGGAUUCUGGUGCCACUAGGUUUCACAAGCUAAGUGAUACUGAAUUUGAGAAGUGGGAAGAGGAAUACUUUCAGGCUGCACUGUGCAACAGGGGAGAGGACGGAGGGCUCCAGAACACGAUACUGACCGCAAGCACUCAGUCUUCCGUCCCUUCAAAUGACAAUGAUUCACCUUCGACAUCCUCCAUGGCUCCAGACAGUCAAUCCCAGGUGGCACCCUCUCGCCAGCGUACAGCGCCAAUCGCGGCCAUCAACAUUGUAACCACAGCAAAUGGCAACGCUAUGCACGUGCCAAAGAAGGCCCGGAAGGAAUGA